AUGACCGUAUCCGCAAGUAUCGACAUAGCCGCCAGCCCUGCCGAUGUUCGUGCAAAGUUCCUGGACUUUGCCUCACUCGCCUCGUACCACAGCACCUUUUUCGGCUCCAUUACGCCCCUAGGGCCCCUGGAGCCUGGCCAGAAAAUCCGCGUCCACUUUGCCCGCGGAGGCCAGACAAUGGACGGCGUGAUUAAAGAAAACACGGCCAAGGCAUUCGCAUGGAUCGGCAGUAUCCCCUACAUCUUCACCGGCACACACACCUUUCUCUUUGAACCCAGCACCACAGUGCCUGGCGGCUGUCGCUUCACACAAAGCGAGGAGUUUAGCGGUGCCCUGGGCUUUCUCAUGGGCGAAAACCUAGUAGCCCGGCAAAUGGGGUUUGCGGACAAGACGCGAAAAGGGUGGGAGGGGUAUAAUGAGGAGUUCAAGGGGUGGUGUGAGCGGUAG